AUGAACUGUGCUGUACGAUUGUUGGUUUCAGAAACAAAACGCCCUCACCCAUCGCAAGGUUUGGUCCAUCGUGGGGCCUUUUUUGCGGAAGCGGCCAAGAUGUCGAAAGCCAAGAUGUCGAAGGCUGCGGAUGAGAAAUCUGAGCAGGUGAACCAAGCUCUCAUGAAGCUUCGGUUUCAAAAUUACAACCCUCGAACAGAGAAAUUGAAAAAGUUUCGUGAAGAAGGCUCUGAUCCCAGAGAGCUGCUGCGAGAGAUAACAGAAGCACAAGCGGAAUUGCUAAAAUCCACAAACCGAAAGUUUGGAGAUCCCUCUUUAGAUCUUGACAACCUAAUCCCCAGAAAAGGCAGCUGGGACAUGGAGAGGGCACUUCAGCCAAAGCUUGAAAGGCUAGAGAAACGUACAGAGAAGGCUAUACUGGAAAUUGUGAAGCGAAAGUUGGGCUCCGAACUGAAUCGCGAAGAAACACUAAGACGAGCAGACAUUUCUUCUGAUGAAGAUUAA